GACACGACCAGAGCACUGAGAGAUAUCAGGUAUUGAUGUAACUGGAGUGAAUAAGGGAACCUUCUUCCUGAUCAGACAUUGGAGCCUGUUAUCAGCAUGAACUCAUAUGUGUUAGACAAUCACUUGACUAGUUCAUAUUCAUCCUUCACUACAGGAAGCAUCAGCAUGAUACCACAGACUCCAAAAGUAUUAGACACCAAUUAUUAUUCACAAACAUUGGUGCAAUCACAGCAGAUAUUUAAAGAAGAUUGUGAAUUGGCAGGAACUGGGCAGCAAUCGUUAUGUACAGAGAGUAAUUUAGUGAUCAAACAAGAGGACAACAUUUAUGACUUAUCUAGUGAAAUGAUUAUCCCUGAUUAUAAACCACACACAUUUGCUGGGUUUUCAAAACAUUUCAAUGAAGGGAAAAGUCUUAAGUCUAGCCAAAUGAUUCAUACAAAUAAGAAACCAUUCAAAUGCACAGAAUGUGGGAGAUGUUUCACAUCUAAAGAAAGCCUUAUAUAUCACAAAAAGACCCACACAGGGGAGAAACCUUUCACAUGUAAUGAAUGUGGAAAAUGUUUUACCCAAAUAUGUAAUCUGAAACAUCAUGAAAGGAUUCACACAGGAGAAAAGCCAUUCACAUGUACAGAGUGUGGAAAAUGUUUUACACAAAUAAGUAAUCUGAAAAAUCAUGAAAGGAUUCACACAGGAGAAAAGCCUUUCACAUGUACAGAGUGUGGAAAAUGUUUUACACAAAUAAGUAAUCUGAAAAAUCAUGAAAGGAUUCACACAGGAGAAAAGCCUUUCACAUGUACAGAGUGUGGAAAAUGUUUUACACAAAUAAGUAAUCUAAAAAAUCAUGAAAGGAUUCACACAGGAGAAAAGCCUUUCACAUGUACAGAGUGUGGAGAAUGUUUUACAGAAAAGAGUCAUCUGGAAACUCAUGAAAGGAGUCACACAGGAGAAAAGCCUUUCACAGGAACUAAGCAGCAAUCAUUAUGUACAGAGAGUAAUUUAGUCAUCAAACAAGAGGACAACAUUUAUGCAUUAUCUAGUGAAAUUAUUAUCCCUGAGGAUAAACCACACACAUUUACUGGGUUUUCAAAACAUUUCAAAGAAGGGAAAAGUCUUCAGUCUAUCCAAAUGAUUCAUACAAAUAAGAAACCAUUAAAAUGUGAGAAAAUCUUCACAUGUAAUUUGCAUCUCCUUGAACACCACAAAGUUCACACAGCUGUAAAAACUCACACAUGUACAGAAUGUGGGAGAUAUUUCAAAUCUAAAGGAAGUCUUAUGUAUCACAGAAAGAUCCACACAGGGGAGAAACCUUUCACAUGUAAUGAGUGUGGAAAAUGUUUUACACAAAUAUGUAAUCUGAAAAAUCAUGAGAGGAUUCACACAGGAGAAAAGCCUUUCACAUGUGCAGAGUGUGGAAAAUGUUUUACACAAAUAAGUCAUCUGAAUAAUCAUGAAAGGAUUCACACAGGAGAGAAGCCUUUCACAUGUACAGAGUGUGGGAAAAGUUUUAUACAAAUGAGUAAUCUGAAAAAUCAUGAAAGGAUUCACACAGGAGAACAACCUUUCACUUGUACAGAGCGUGGAAAACGUUUUACACAAAUUAAUCAUCUGAAAACUCAUGAAAGGAUUCACACAGGGGAAAACCCAUUUACAUUUACAGUGUGGAGCAUGUUUUACAGUAAAGAGUCUGAUGAGGAGCAUACGUCGGUAGCUUCUGUGGGUGAAAUCUCAGAUUUGGACAGUAUAAUUCCUUCAUCUCAUGCUGAAGUGAUUCUUGUUGGCAUGGCUGUUAUUGUAACCGGUGCUCUGUUGGGACUCCUUUUUGGUCGCAUGCGUAAGCCAAGCACUGAUGAGCCAGAGGAUGAAAGUGAGGUGUCCGGUGCCAGCUAUCACACCUUCUAUGAGGGAAGCAUGACCAUUCUUGUUGGCAUGGCUGUUAUUGUAACCGGUGCUCUGUUGGGACUCCUUUUUGGUCGCAUGCGUAAGCCAAGCACUGAUGAGCCAGAGGAUGAAAGUGAGGUGUCCGGUGCCAGCUAUCACACCUUCUAUGAGGGAAGCAUGACCAUUCUUGUUGGCAUGGCUGUUAUUGUAACCGGUGCUCUGUUGGGACUCCUUUUUGGUCGCAUGCGUAAGCCAAGCACUGAUGAGCCAGAGGAUGAAAGUGAGGUGUCCGGUGCCAGCUAUCACACCUUCUAUGAGGGAAGCAUGACCGUUCCGGUCGUGCCCAAUAUGCACAAAACUCUCCAGAAUCCACCAGGCAGGCCAAUUGUGGCCAGUAUGGGGUCCCUCUGUGAGAGACUAGGUGCCUGGCUGGACUCAGCACUCCAACCUAUAGUUUUGUCCCUCACAGGUAACAUAAGAGAUAGUGCUCACCUUCUACAACAAUUUGAAAAUGUUAAUUGGCAUCCUGAUUUUCAUUGCCUCUCCAUUGAUGUAACAGCCCUUUAUUCCAGCAUCCUACACCACAAAGGGCUUAAGGCAAUGGGUCAUAUGAUCAAGAGAUACAUUGAUUUUUUGGUUUCCGCAGCCAGAUUCUUACUUACACACAACUACUUUGUCUUUGGAGGGGAUUUCUACCUGCAGAGAUGCCGGACAGCCAUGGGGGCUACAUUUUCCCCAACAUAUGCAAAUCUUCACAUGAGCUGGCUAGAACAUAACCACAUCUUUGUAGAUGAUUUCCCCUUCGGAGACAAUGUAGUUGUGUAUGGCCGGUAUGUAGAUGACCUGUUUGUCAUUUGGCACUAUGGUGGGUCACAAAAUCACGUGAAUAGUUCAUUCACUAAUGACUAUUCACAAACAUUGGGGAUAUCACAGCAGAUAUUUAAUGAAGAUGGUGAAUUUGCAGGAACUGGGCAGCAAUCAUUAUGUACAAGGAGUAAUUUAGUCAUCAAACAAGAGAACAACAUUUAUGCCUUAUCUAGUGAAAUGUUUAUCCCUGAGGAUAAACCACAAACAUUUUCUGAGUUUUCAAAAAAUGUUAAAGAGAAAAGUCUACAGUCUAGCCAAAUGAUUCAUACAAAGGAGAAACAUUUCAAAUGUACAGAAUAUGAGAAAAUCUUUAGAUAUAAGUCUCAUCUACUAGAACACCACUCAAUUCACAUAGAUGAGGAGCCAAACACAUGUACUGAGGGUAUGACAGGUUUUAUACAAAUGACAAAACGUAUAGCUCAUGAAAGGACCCACACAGGGGAGACACUAUUUAUCUGUACAGAGUGUGGAAAAAGUUUUACACGAAUGUAUAAUCUAAAAACUCAUGAAAGGAGUCACACAGGGGAAAAGCCUUUCACAUGUACAGAGUGUGGAAAAAGUUUUACAGAAAAGAGUCAUCUGAAAAUUCAUGAAAGGAUUCACAGAGGAGAAAAGCCUUUCACAUGUACAGAGUGUGGAAAAAGUUUUACACUAAUGGAUAAUCUGAAAAUUCAUGUAAGAAUUCACACAGGAGAAAAGCCUUUCACAUGUACAGAGUGUGGAAAAAGUUUUACACAAAAGGGUGAUCUGAAAAAGCAUGAAAGGAGUCACACAGGAGAAAAGCCUUUCACAUGUAAAGAGUGUGGAAAAUGUUUUACACGAAUGGAUAAUCUGAAAAUUCAUGAAAGGAGUCACACAGGGGACAAGCCUUUCACAUUUACAGAGUGUGGGAAAAGUUUUACAGAAAUAAGUAAUCUGAAAAGUCAUGAAAGGAGUCACACAGGAGAAAAGCCUUUCACAUGUACAGAGUGUGGAAAAUGUUUUACAGGAAAGAGUAGUCUGAAAUAUCAUGAAAGGAUUCACACAGGAGAAAGGCCUUUCACAUGUACAGAGUGUGGAAAAAGUUUUACACAAAUAAGUGGUCUGAAAACUCAUGAAAUGAGUCACACAGGGGAAAAGCCAUUCACAUGUACAGAGUGUGGAAAAGGUUUUAUACAAAUAAGUAGUCUGAAAAGUCAUGAAAGGAUUCACACCGGGGAAAAGCCAUUCACAUGUACAGAGUGUGGAAAAUGUUUUACAGAAAAAAGUACUCUGAGAAAACAUGAAAGGAUUCACACAGGAGAAAAGCCUUUCACAUGUAUAGAGUGUGGAAAAAGUUUUACAUAUAAGGGUAAUCUGAGAAAACAUGAAAGGAUUCACAAGGGAAGAAACCUUUCACAUGUUUAGAAAGUGGAAAAAGAGUUUUAUUGAAAUCGGGUAUCACAAAACACAAAAUAUUUACACACAAAUAAACUUUAUAUACACAGUGUACAAACCUCUUUACAAUUAUCCUAAAUAGGGCAAACUCUCUAAAUAGAAGCGUCAAAUGAGAUGUUAUUGUAAAUUAUACUUUCUAAAUCCCAGUUCUAAAAGCCCCAGAUUGGAAGAGCUCUCCUGCUGUCCUUUGUUCCUCUAUAUAUGUGCACCUCAGUUUCUUGAAUAUAAAUGUGAUAGAAUCCAAACACCACACAUGAAUAUACAAAUCUGUCCUCAUACUGACCAGUUUACACAACCAUUCACCCCAAAGCACCCCCAGUGUUGUUUAUUAAUAUGCCAGUGUUAGGAGUUGUACGUUCGAUAUACAUAGAGGAGAAAAUAAUUACAUUUACAGAAUUAAGGAGUCUUUAUAUGAAUAGAGUGUUAGACAAUUAUAUAAACAAGAACAUCAGUCUCAAAUGAUUGACAUCUGGGAGAUAUAUUUAAUGUGCACAUCAUGUGGAUAAACCUUUUCUUAUAGCAAUAGAUGCUUAGCAUUGUACAUGUUAUUUACCAGAGGAAUCACUGAGGGGAAUUUGAUUUUAUCUAAUGAGACUCAAUUUCAGAAACUGGUACAUAUGUGAUCAUAAUCAGUUUAAUUUAAUUGGCUACUAUAACUAAAGUGGACAUUAUAUAUCUGAUAAAUCCCUUUGUAUCAAGAGCAGAAGUGUUAGGUAUAUUUAUAUCAUUGUGUGCAUAUAUCAUUUAAUGCUGCUUUUUACUAUAUAAUGAGAUAUAAUGUUUUUUCCUGCAAAUAAAAAGUGAUUGUAAUCCA